AUGGCAUCCAAGCGGAAGGCGUCUGCGAUGAACGCAGCCCAAGACGAGCCAGUAGAUCCCUCUGACGAGCUCAUGUUUCUCUGUUUGGGAGGCGGCAAUGAAGUCGGACGGUCGUGCCAUAUCAUCCAAUACAAGGGCAAAACGGUCAUGCUUGAUGCCGGCCAGCACCCUGCAUACGAUGGCCUCGCAGCGCUUCCGUUCUAUGAUGACUUCGAUCUCAGCACCGUAGAUGUGCUCCUUAUCAGCCAUUUCCACAUUGAUCAUGCGGCUUCGUUGCCAUAUGUGCUGGCCAAGACCAACUUUCGCGGCCGUGUCUUCAUGACGCACCCUACCAAGGCCAUCUACAAAUGGCUCAUCCAAGACAGCGUCCGUGUAGGAAACACGGCAUCAAACUCGGCGACCCAGCUCUACACGGAACAAGACCACCUCAACACGUUUCCGCAAAUCGAAGCGAUUGACUAUCACACCACUCACACUAUCUCUUCCAUCCGAAUCACCCCUUAUCCGGCAGGACACGUUCUGGGAGCAGCCAUGUUUCUCAUUGAGAUUGCCGGCCUCAACAUCUUCUUCACCGGCGACUAUUCGCGUGAGCAGGAUCGACAUCUUGUCUCGGCAGAGGUGCCCAAGGGCCUCAAGAUUGACGUUCUCAUCACCGAGUCAACAUAUGGCAUAGCGUCGCACGUACCGCGUGUUGAGCGAGAGCAGGCUCUCAUGAAAUCCAUCACAGGAAUCCUCAACAGAGGCGGCCGAGCGCUGCUGCCGGUGUUCGCCCUGGGACGAGCUCAGGAACUUUUGCUCAUCCUGGACGAGUACUGGGGCAAACAUUCCGAGUUCCAAAAAUUCCCCAUCUACUAUGCCAGUAACCUUGCCAGAAAGUGCAUGGUUAUCUACCAGACAUACGUCGGUGCUAUGAACGACAACAUUAAACGAUUGUUCCGAGAACGCAUGGCCGAGGCCGAAGCCAGCGGCGACGGAGCCGGCAAGAAUGGACCCUGGGACUUCAAGUAUAUCCGCUCUCUCAAGAACCUGGACCGCUUUGAUGAUGUUGGCGGCUGCGUCAUGCUCGCCAGUCCGGGUAUGCUGCAAAACGGAGUGAGCAGAGAGCUCUUUGAGCGCUGGGCCCCCAGCGAGAAGAACGGCGUCAUCAUCACCGGUUACAGUGUCGAGGGCACCAUGGCCCGGCAGAUUAUGCAAGAGCCGGAUCAGAUCCAGGCCGUCAUGUCUCGAAGCAUAGCGGGCGCGCGCCGAGGGCCAGGAGCAGAUUCGGAGAAAGUGCUUAUUCCCCGGCGCUGUAGUGUUCAAGAGUACUCUUUUGCCGCCCAUGUUGAUGGUGUAGAGAACAGGGAGUUUAUUGAGGAGGUUGCCGCACCCGUCGUCAUUCUUGUUCACGGCGAGCAGCACAACAUGAUGCGUCUCAAGUCCAAGCUCCUCUCCCUCAACGCCAGCAAAACUACAAAAGUCAAAGUCUACUCUCCCCGCAACUGCGAAGAGCUCCGCAUCCCGUUCAAAGCCGACAAGACUGCCAAAGUCGUCGGAAAACUGGCUUCCAUCUCACCUCCACAGGACAUUGACGCAUCUGCGCCUCUCGUAACCGGUGUGCUUGUCCAGAACGACUUCAAACUCUCACUCAUGGCUCCUGAAGAUCUGCGCGAAUACGCUGGCCUCAACACCACAACCAUCACCUGUAAGCAGCGCCUCACACUGAGUGCUGCGGGCGUGGAUCUCGUCCGCUGGGCGCUGGAGGGGACUUUUGGUGCUGUUGAAGAGCUCCCCGAGAUGCGUCGCAUCAAGAGCUCCAAGCAGGACGCAACCAUGGACGGCGAAGAUGAGAAAAUGGCCGAAGAUGCAGACGAGGAGGUUGCCAAUCUGGUAGCAGCCUACCUCGUCAUGGGCUGUGUCUCUGUCCGUUAUCGCACCAACGGCGAGGUCGAACUGGAGUGGGAAGGCAACAUGCUCAACGACGGCAUCGCCGACUCCGUCAUGGCCGUCUUAUUCUCCGUCGAGAGCUCCCCCGCCGCAGUCAAACGCUCCUCCGCCAACAGCAAACACACCCACUCUCACGGCGAGCCCGAUGACGGCAUUUACGCCGCUCAGCCCGACAGCAAAAACCCGCACGCUCACAUCUCCCCUGAAGACCGACUUGAACGGCUCAUGUGGUUCCUGGAAGCUCAGUUUGGUGCCGAUAACGUCGCCCCCGUGGAGGACCCCAAGCUCCCGCCACUACCAGAAGCUUCUCCAAAGGAAGAAGAUCAAAAGAAGGAAGAGGAAGAUGACGGAGCCGUGAAAACAGAAAAACAUGAAGCAGACGGCAGUGACACGAAAACAGAGGACAUGGACAUUGACGACAAGAAAUCGACCGAGGAUGAAGACGAAGCCAAACAGCAGCUUCAGGAGCGACAGCUCAAAGAAAUCGCCCGCCUACACAAACUCGGCAUCCCCGUCCCCGGCAUAUCCAUCAAGGUCGACAAGAUGACCGCGACAAUAUGGCUCGAGGACCUAGAGGUAGAAUGCAGCAACAAGGUGUUUGCAGACAGAGUCCGCGCGGUGGUGGAGCGAGCAGUGGAGGUUACCGCUCCGCUGUGGGGAUGA